AUGAGACGAUCCGGAAGACAUGGAGGUCCAAAAUUCCAAAAAAAAAAUUUAAUUCAAAAAACAUUCGGAAUACAAGCCUUCAUGAAGACUCGUCAAGACGAAUAUGCUCCAUGGUACGACACAGCAGCGAUCAACGUUUUUAUUCAUAAUCGGGAUGAGUACGUCUUCUCAGAAUCCGUUCGGUAUAAUGCUGAACCCAAUGCCGAGUCAACUAUCAAUAUUUUUAUGACAAGGUACACACGACUUGGUGGACGAUACGGAAAAUGUGUGAAGAAAACUUCCGAGGUCAAAAAUUACUAUUAUCCGGGUGCCUAUACAACAGAUGGCUGCCUACGCACGUGCUACCAGGACCGUAUCCAGUCGGAAUGCAAUUGUAUGGAUCCCAGGUAUCCAAAAGCGCCAAACGCCACGUCUUGCCAGCUAUCGGAGAGAAGUUGUGUGACUGAUGCUUCUGAAGCCGCCGGAGAUCCGUCCACGUGGCCGACGUGUGUCUGUCCGUUGCCGUGCUCAAAUCAGGAGUACUCCGUUACCUGGAGCAAAGCGAAUUUUGUGAAUUUGCCUAUCUCCUGUGCUGUCUCAUCUGAUGUACCAGCUUGUCAGACCAGAUAUUUGGAUAAUUUAAUGAUAAAUGUCGUCCUACCACAGCUCGAUUUCAAAAUCUAUGCAGAGACUCCAGCGAUGGAUUUCAACAAGUUCCUUUCCCAACUUGGAGGCCAGUUGGGAGUACUGAUGGGCAUCAAUUUGGUCACUUUUAUUGAAGUUGCGUUCUUGUUUUUCGGCCUUUUUAUGGUCUGCUGUCGGAAAUAUGAUAAAUAA